CGAAGCAGACUAAGCAGCAUCAGCUCCACUGAUAGAUACAACCGGCUCUUUCUCAAAAGCAGCGGUAGCCACUAAUACACGAAGAGAGAUAAGCUUCCAGUGCCAGCACACCGGGGUUUUACACAUCGAGGCUAAAUUGAAAAUCUAUGGAUAAGCCUUUCCGCCAAUUGACAAUUAAAACAUCGGCGAAUUACUUUUCCUGAUCUACAUACUUCCGUUUUUAUUAGUUUACUAGAUUACAUGGAACUGUAUGGGAAGAUGGCGUCUACACAGGAUUCCCGAUAUGUUCAAAAAGACACAGCUGACCAGAACUUUGACUACAUGUUCAAACUACUGAUCAUUGGCAACAGCAGUGUUGGGAAAACUUCAUUUCUCUUUCGCUAUGCUGAUGAUUCUUUUACGUCUGCAUUUGUAAGCACUGUAGGUAUUGACUUCAAGGUAAAGACAGUCUUCAGGAAUGAAAAAAGGAUUAAGUUGCAAAUUUGGGACACAGCAGGACAGGAACGCUACAGGACCAUCACCACAGCCUACUAUCGUGGUGCGAUGGGCUUUAUCCUAAUGUACGACAUCACAAAUGAAGAGUCUUUCAAUGCCGUACAGGACUGGUCAACCCAAAUCAAGACAUAUUCCUGGGACAAUGCACAGGUUGUACUGGUUGGCAAUAAGUGUGACAUGGAAGAUGAAAGAAUAGUAUCAAUGGAGCGAGGAAAGCAGCUGGCAGACCAACUUGGCUUUGAAUUUUUUGAAACCAGUGCCAAGGAUAACAUCAACGUCAAGCAGACAUUUGAGCGUCUUGUUGACAUCAUCUGUGAGAAGAUGCUGGAGAGUUUGGAGACAGAUCCUACUGUUACUGCAGGAAAACAAAACACAAAACUCACAGAGAACCCUCCCCCACAGCAACAGAACUGCGGUUGUUAGUGACUUGUCCGUAGAUAUGUGGAGGCAAUCAAAUUGUGUCUAUAUUGCAAAAAAAUAGUCCUUAGUUAUUAGUACAUGAAAAUGUAACUGUUGGCCUCUAUAUAAUAUUAAACAAACCAAUCUAUAUUUAUUUUUUGCUAGUCUGUGCUCAGUACUGUUUCCCAAGAUCUCUUGCAUUAAUACUGACACUUAGUAAACCUUUAAUUAUAUUGGUAUUGUUUCUGCAUUUUACUGUAGAAUCAAGAUUUGUGUGACUGUUAACAGGAACAGUGGGUUUCUAGGAACAAAAGGUUCCUAGGCUUAGUAUACUACAUCCAUAAAAAAGGAGCUCCCUGUUUACUAGAUUUAUGUGGCCUUUCAAGUAUUCUCUGGAUGAUAAGUUGAAGAUUAAAUGCCUAUCCUCAGUCUGCACAAAAUUAAAUUCAGCAAUGGAAAUGAAUGCAUUUAAAUUACUGAGUUAACAGUUGGAUGGCUUGAAUAUGUAUGCCUUGUCUAGUCGUUAAGUAUUCAUGUGCCAUUUAAGGCAGCAAUUCCAAUUAACAAGAGUUCUGUGAUGAGUAAUGUGUAUUUGUAAAUAUGUUUUCAGCAUACAAGUCAGCAGUCUCAGAUCCCACAUCACUUGACAUAUUGUAUGUCAAUGGUGGUGUGAAUAAUCAGUUGACGCGUGCCAACAAAAGUAAAUGCCACUUCAAUUGUAGAGCGAUGCCCUGCUCUGAUACUCAAGAAAACAAUCCACUUCUCAUCACUUGACUUUCAGGAAGGUGGAACCACAAUUCCACUUGUUCAGGCUAACUGUUAAGUUACCAGGACAACUUGGAUAUUGAAAUUGAUUUCUUCAUAAAUUACUGGAGAGCAGAGCCUAGCCCUCUGUCAUUAAAUGUUACCUAUCAUAGAGUGUCUCCAAUUACCCUGUCCUGUGAGGUACAGUGAAAAUUGUCAGCAGUUUUUAUUUAAUCUUUGUGUGUGUCAUUUAUUGCCCUUGGAAAAGGUAGUGGAAAUAAUUCUUCAAUGGCCACUCAUGCUAAUUAUGAACAAGGCUAUCUAUCAGCCAUCGUUGGUACAGGAGGGCAGAUUGACCCUAGAGCAUGCGUCAACAUCAGAAAUGUUAGGAAAUCUAGUAAAAACUGUAUAAUGUUAAAUUAAUUUGAAACUCAUGAAAUUACUUCUUAUUAAUUAAAACUAUGAAUGCUAGUUGAAGUAAAUAACAGAGAGAAAAGACCUAAACCUACUUCUUAAUUAAAGACCAACAACCCCAUUGGAAUGACUGUGGAAAUGCAAACUGUACCAACUGUGGCUGGCAUGAAGCUGAGGGACUGGCUAGACAGUGUAUCAAAUACCCCUGUUCAACAACUUACAGGGCAUUGUAGAAAACAAAACUGAAUAUGUCAGUCAUAUGCUCAUGUAUCUGUGCCCCAGUGCAUUCCCAACAGCCAUGCAGGUAUACCUGUCCAGAAUGUACCAUUGCAUUAAUAAAAACUCAUCACUGGCUCUCUACAGACCCACUGGCACUCCUGCCCUUUUUUUUUUACUUACUAAUUCUGCACCUGGAGGCUGCAUUGUAAUCUUAGCAUUUCUGGUCGUAUUUUCUAAUCUAGGGCAAUCUGUUGAACCCUCAGUUAUAAUUGUGGCACAUUGGCAUUGAGAGAAGAUUGAAUGUAAAGCACCAUAAAAUUUCAAGUCCUUCACAAUUCUAAAAAUUAUUUCCACUGAGAACUUGCAUAGUCCUUCACGAAGUUUGGAUGCUCGUCUGCCAAUUUCACUCAGAAACUCAGAGGAGUGUUUUGCCAGAUUUUAAUCUACGUAAGUAAAGCAAAUCAAAAUGGUAAAUAUUUUGUGCAAAUAAAUAAAGUAUUGUGAAUGUGUAAUAUUAAAUGUAGUUAGAGUUACCUUUCUGAUGUCUGAAUUUUUUACCUGAAUGGAGCAAAUGUAAAAUGAUGCAUCGGUGCUGAAGUAAUCUGCGUUUUAUACUUUUGUGUAGCCUCUGUAUUGAGGGACAAUAGGCCACUAAGUGCAAUAUUUCAGAAUAUAUAGUGCAUUUCUAAUUCAAUGCAGAUAACUGUGCAAGAUUGUAUGCAACAGGGCUUGAAGUAAACACAUGUUAGGAACAACUUUUGUUUUUUACUUGCCCAGCCAUUUUUCUAGCUAUUAGCAAACUAUUGUUGGUCGGGAAACACUGGGCAUAAAUUUUUGCCUACUUUUCUAAUUGUUCUAAUUUUUUCCCCUCUGCAGACUGUAAGGUGAAUUUAGGCUGGUUCUACAGUUCUGGUAAAUAAGAACUGAAGAACUCGAAAAUCUUGCAAUAUUCUCUCUUGAUGUCUACAGUGGCAGGUUACAAUGAACUUGCUUCAAAUUGAAUAGUUUACCUAAAUAUUUAGUUAGUAGUAAUACUUUCCACAUACUGUAUGUAAUUAAAUCUGUUCAACGAACCUUAGAGAAUUAACCCAGAGAAAUGCUUAGUCUCACCUAUUGUUAUGCGUGAAUGCCUCUCAAAUAACUCUAGAUUUACCUCCACUACGUACCUCAUACAUUGAAUAUUUUCAAACAGUUAGAACCUGCAUUCAGACAUCAUACAGCCUUGAAGUAGUGCUUUGAGUAUUUUAUAUUCUCUUUGAAGCUUGUACAAGAUUCUGUUCAUGCACUUUCUUUCACGAUUGAAGUGUUUUUCUUCAUAACAGUCACAACACUGAGAUUUUGUUUCAUAACUGUUCAGUACGUCCAGAAAUUGAGUAUUUUGCUUAAAAUUGAUGCCAGUUCAAGCCCUGGUAAUAAUACAUUAGAGCCAAUAUCUGCUAGCAUGGUGUGUGAUUUGCGAAUUCUCAGAGACAUUUGUGGGUCUUAUGUAAUUGUACGUGGGCAUAAUGUAAAUCAGUUUUUAAAAUGGUAUUUGUACUGAAGUUACUGAAUUUCUGUGACACUCUCAGAAACCACUUUUUGCUGGAAUGACUGGGAAAUUUUAUCUGUGUAUAAAUGUAAAACUCUUCACUUGACUAUUGCAUGUAUGUUUGAUUGUGUGAGAAUGGUCUCAUUGAUAAAAUUUUUAUGCAUUGUUUCUUAAUUAUGUUCUUGACUAACAAUAAGGAAUGAGUAUGUUGUACAGUAGUAAUUCACUUUUUUUUAUUUUCCAGGACUAGGUAAAUAAUGGAAUUCAUUGCUGGGACCUGAGAUGAAAUCUAGCCAAUAUUAAUGAGUUAGUAAUGAUAUUCUUACUUCCUGACUUUAAGCAUCCAUAAGUUCAGGCCAUAUUAACCUAGUUUCUAAUGAGUGGACAGUUUAAUUCUGACACUAAUUGGCAACCUCAAAUUGAAAGGUCAACAAAUACAAUCAAAAAAAUGUGGUGAAUUUUCUGAGGAUGAAAUUCAGCCACAUUACUAUCUGACACGCAAUAAUGCUGACACUAUACAUUGUGUACCCAAUAUAAAAGAAAAAUCUUCAUUUAUGCAAACAGUUCACCUUGUUUUACAUAAAAUUGUUUAUGCUUAUUUGGACUGUUAAAUAAGAAGUCUGCACCUUAUGUAUGAACUGAUUCUGCAGUUGAAAUAUGGUGCAGGUAAUGAUCAGGAAAUGUAAUGGGAAUUGUCCACUUGAAUGUAGUUUACAAAAUAAAGGUUCACAGAUGGAAAAAACAAACGGUUGAGGAACUCGUUGGUUCGAGUAGCAUCCACAGAGGCAAAAUGCUGGUCCAUGACACUACAUCCUGAAAUAUAGACCAUGCCGUUGUCUCAACAGAUGCUGCUUAACCUGCUGAGUUCUUCCACCAAUGCACACAAAACAUUGGAGGAGCUCAGCCAAUCAGGCAUCAAUAUGAAGGGGAAGAAACAGUCAAUGAAUUGGGCCUGACCUGAAACGUCGACUGUUUGUUACCCACCGUUGUUGUUGCUCAAGUUUUCCAGCAUCUGCAGAACCUCGAGUUCUUCCAGCAGUUUGUUUUUUGCUCCAGGUUCGAGAAUUUGCAGUCUUUUGUGUCUCCAUCAAAGGUUAAGAGAUAUUGUGCAGACUGAAGAUAAACAGGCUACUAUUUACUGAGGCCUUUCUGAUAGAUAAACUUGAAAUGAAAUACAACGGACUUAUUUCUGUAUAUUUGACAAAAUCUACUUCUGCCUUUCUUCAAAAUUUUGUUUUAAGCUUGCAGUUGUUAUUAGAAAUGUAGUUACCAUGAUUGCCAUUAAAUAAAACUGACUCUCUUACCCCUGCAACACCUGUUUGACCAGAAUAAUACUGCCUGUGGAAGCUUAGUGAGAUGGUGCCAUAUAGACCUACUGAAAACAGCUAUUUGGUCAAUGUUGUAUUCCUUUAUAUAAACAUAAACAAUAAAAUUACCUUGUUACCUAAAUCUCUAAGUUAUGUAUGUGCACAAUAUAUUUUACCUCUCUCGUUGGAAUUUAAACUGUACAGUAGACCAGCUAUUUUGUGUUGUCUGUGAAAUAUGUAAAUUAAUGUGCGUGUGUGAAAGGAAAAUAAACUUGCAGAGACUAUAUCAGUCGCAUUGAUA